CGGCGGCCUUGCGACCCGGAAGUGUUCCCAUUUUGCGUCGUCGGGGCUCGGCGGCUACCCGGCUCCAGGCGUACGCACCACUAUGGGGUCUUCGAAGAAGCACCGCGGAGAGAAAGAGGCGGCCGGGAGCACGGCGGCGGCCGGCACUGGGGGGACCACCGAGCAGCCGCCGCGGCAUCGGGAGCACAAGAAACACAAGCACCGGAGUGGCGGUGGCGGCAGCAGUGGCGGUGAACGACGGAAGCGGAGCCGGGAACGUGGGGGCGAGCGCGGGAGCGGGCGGCGCGGGGCCGAAGCCGAGGCCCGCAGCAGCGCGCACGGGCGGGAGCGCAGCCAGGCCGAGCCCUCAGAGCGGCGCGUGAAGCGAGAGAAGCGCGAUGAUGGCUACGAGGCCGCUGCCAGCUCCAAAAGUAGCUCAGGAGAUGCCUCAUCGCUUAGCAUUGAGGAGACCAAUAAACUCCGGGCGAAGUUGGGGCUGAAACCCUUGGAGGUCAAUGCCGUCAAGAAAGAGGCGGGCACCAAGGAGGAGCCCGUGGUGGCCGAUGUCAUCAACCCCAUGGCCAUACGACAGCGAGAAGAGCUCCGGGAGAAGCUAGCAGCUGCCAAGGAAAAGCGCCUACUGAAUCAAAAGUUGGGGAAGAUAAAGACACUGGGGGAAGAUGACCCCUGGCUGGACGAUACUGCAGCCUGGAUCGAGAGGAGUCGACAGCUUCAGAAGGAGAAGGAUUUGGCAGAGAAGAGGGCGAAACUGCUGGAGGAGAUGGACCAAGAGUUUGGUGUCAGCACUCUGGUGGAGGAGGAGUUUGGGCAGAGGCGACAGGACCUGUACAGUGCCCGGGACCUGCAGGGCCUCACUGUGGAACAUGCCAUUGAUUCCUUCCGAGAAGGGGAGACUGUGAUCCUUACCCUCAAGGACAAAGGUGUGCUGCAGGAAGAGGAGGAUGUGCUGGUGAACGUGAACCUGGUCGAUAAGGAGCGGGCAGAGAAGAAUGUAGAGCUGCGUAAGAAGAAGCCUGACUACCUGCCCUAUGCCGAGGACGAGAGUGUGGAUGACCUGGCACAGCAAAAACCUCGCUCUGUCCUGGCCAAGUAUGACGAGGAGCUGGAAGGCGAGCGGCCACACUCCUUUCGUCUGGAGCAAGGCGGCACCGCCGAUGGUCUGCGGGAGCGGGAGCUGGAAGAGAUCAGGGCCAAGCUGCGGCUGCAGGCUCAGUCCCUGAGCUCUGUGGGGCCCCGUGUGGCCUCAGAGUACCUGACACCUGAGGAGAUGGUGACCUUUAAAAAGACCAAGAGGAGGGUGAAGAAAAUCCGCAAGAAGGAGAAGGAAGUGAUCGUGCGGGCGGACGACUUGCUGCCUCUUGGAGACCAGACUCAAGACGGGGACUUUGGUUCCAGACUGCGGGGCAGGGGUCGGCGCCGAGUGCCUGAAGUGGAGGAGGUGGCAGCCCCAGAGGAUGAGGAGAAGGAGCCUGUGCCCCAGCCCCCGCCAUCAGAUGACACCCGUGUGGAGAACAUGGACAUCAGUGACGACGAGGACGGAGGAGCUCUGCCUUCGGGGUCUCCGGAGGUGCUGGAGGAGGACGAGGCGGAGCUGGAGCUGCAGAAGCAGCUGGAGAAGGGGCGUCGGCUGCGGCAGCUGCAGCAGCUGCGGGACAGCGGGGAGAAGGUGGUGGAGAUUGUGAAGAAGUUGGAGUCUCGCCAGCGAGGCUGGGAGGAGGAGGAGGAUCCUGAGCGAAAGGGGGCCAUCGUGUUCAACGCCACCUCCGAGUUCUGCCGCACCCUAGGGGAAAUCCCCACCUAUGGUCUGGCUGGCAACCGGGAGGAGCAGGAGGAACUCAUGGACUUUGAACGGGACGAGGAGCGCUCUGCCAAUGGAGGCUCGGAAUCGGAUGGGGAGGAGAACAUCGGCUGGAGCACCGUCAACCUGGAUGAGGAGAAGCAGCAGCAGGACUUCUCUGCCUCCUCCACCACCAUCCUGGAUGAGGAGCCCAUUGUGAACAGAGGGCUGGCUGCUGCCCUGCUGCUCUGCCAGAACAAAGGGCUGCUGGAGACCACAGUGCAGAAGGUAGCCCGGGUGAAGGCCCCCAACAAGUCCCUUCCCUCAGCUGUGUAUUGCAUCGAGGACAAGAUGGCCAUCGAUGACAAGUACAGCCGGCGGGAGGAGUACCGAGGCUUCACCCAGGACUUCAAGGAGAAGGACGGCUACAAGCCUGAUGUUAAGAUCGAGUAUGUGGAUGAGACGGGCCGGAAACUCACGCCCAAGGAGGCUUUCCGGCAGCUGUCCCACCGCUUCCAUGGGAAAGGCUCGGGCAAGAUGAAGACAGAACGACGGAUGAAGAAGCUGGAUGAGGAGGCGCUCCUGAAGAAGAUGAGCUCCAGUGACACGCCCCUGGGCACCGUGGCUUUGCUCCAAGAGAAGCAGAAGGCCCAGAAGACCCCAUACAUUGUGCUCAGUGGCAGUGGCAAGAGCAUGAACGCGAACACCAUCACCAAGUGAAGCUGGCCUCCCCCAAAGCCCCUCCCCAACUUUAAUGUUAAAUAAAGUUCCCUCCUUAUUUUUUC